GACAAGAUGGCGGCGGCGGCGGCCGGACGCGAGCCCUCCGCCCUCUCCGCCGCCGCCCGCCGGCGCCGCUGAGGAGGAGGCGGUAGCGCCCGCCCCGCUCCGCCCUCCUCCCCUCCCUCAGCCGCGGGCCGCCCGGCCAUGUAGACGGGGCGGAGGAGCCCCCUCCCCUCAGCCGCCAUGGAGGACGCGGUCCCGGGCGUGAACGCGGACGCGGAGGUGCGGAAGCUGCAGGAGCUGGUGAAGAAGCUGGAGAAGCAGAACGAGCAGCUCCGCAGCCGCCACGCCGCCCUGCCCGCCGGCCCCGCCAGCCCCAAGCGGCCCCCGGCCGGCAGCGGGGCCUCACCGGGGUCCCCCCUCCUCGCCGCCGCCGCCUCCUCCCUACCGGCCGACGGCCGCUGCCUCAGCCCCAGCCCCGGCCCCAGGGCCGCGGGGCGGCGGCCGCCCCCCGAGGAGCCCGGCGGGGAAGGCGACGGCCUGCUGGACGACGCGGCGCUGCUGCGGCCCGACGAGCUGGAGCGCCUGGCCGGCUGCGAGGAGGACGAGACCGGCUGGCUAUAUACAUCCCCAAAGAAGAGACUGACUCCAGUGCAAAAAUCUGUUAGUCCGUUAGUUUGGUGCAGGCAGGUGUUGGAUUACCCAAGUCCUGACAUUGAAAGUGCUAAAAAGUCACUGAUCCACAGGCUGGAACAGACGAUGUCAGCUUUGAAGAGACAGAAUUUGUACAGUAGCCCUUUCAGUGCGGUCAGUUACGCAAGCUCCUAUAGCCCAAAUACUAGUAGCCCCUACAGCAGUGGUUUCAACUCUCCCUCCUCAACACCAGUGAAAUCUGCUUUAGUAAAACAGUUCAUACCUUCUGGCACCUCAGGUCACCUUAAAAGCUCAGCAGAUAGGAAUCCUCCACUAAGUCCACAGUCCUCUUUGGACAGUGAAUUAAGUGCAUCAGAGAUGGAUGAGGACUCUAUUGGAUCUAAUUACAAGCUAAAUGAUGUUACAGAUGUGCAAAUUUUAGCACGAAUGCAGGAAGAAAGCCUCCGGCAAGAGUAUGCAGCAACUGCUUCUCGGCGUAGUUCCGGUUCUUCUUGCAAUUCUACGAGGCGAGGCACACUCAGCGAUCAGGAGCUUGAUGCACAGAGUUUAGAAGAUGAAGAAGAUGGCAUGCAUCACGCAGUGCACCCUGCUGUUAACAGGUUCUCACCAUCACCUCGUAGCUCUCCCUGGCCAUCACCAAAACAAUCUCCAAGGAAUUCACCUCGUUCCCGAUCGCCUGCUCGAAGUAUAGAGUACAGUAGAGUGUCACCCCAGCCUAUGAUUAGCCGUUUACAGCAACCUCGUCUUUCACUUCAAGGCCAUCCUACAGAUUUGCAGACUAGUAAUGUCAAAAGUGAAGAAAAACUAAGGCGUAGUCUUCCAAACCUGUCCAGGACAUCUAAUAUCCAAGCUGAGUCUGUGAAAAAACAGCAGAAGACCUCAAACUUCCAAGUGCCAAAUGGAGGAAUACCUCGCAUUCAACCUCAAGCCUCAGCCAUACCUUCUUCAAGUAAAUUCCGCUCCCCUGCAGCACCAUCUCCCCUAGCUCUCCGACAACCAGUGAAAGCAUUUAGUAACCAUGGACCCAGUUCUGUUGCUUCUCCAGAAGCCACACAGCUGACGCACAGCAGUUCUUCACCAGGGCCUCUUGGGGCUCAGAGUUCAGGCUUGCCAAGCCCUGCCAGCAGUAUUAACAGCACUACUCUUACCAGACCGGCAGGGACAGCAGGGAUGAGGAGUGGUUUACCCAGACCCAGUGCCCCUUCUACGGGGGGCAUCCCAGUGCCUCGUAGCAAACUUGCACAGCCUGUUCGCAGAUCAUUACCCACUCCUAAAACCUAUGGUAACAUGAAAGACGAAAGCUGGAAAGAUGGCUGCUAUUGAACUGCAAAGUGUAAUGCAGAGUUCCAGUGCUCAUGGAUGCUUCCUCACCAGACUAACAGACAGCUUGAUUAUACAGACUGUUCAGAUGUGACUUUUGGGAUUUGUAAAAAUUCCAGACCUCUCUGUCUCUAAUUAGCACAAACUGGCAGAGAUUAUAAAGCAGCACUUUAAUGACAUCUAACAUCAGAUGUUUGGUGAUCAUACAAUCACUUUCACAUUAAAUUGCUCUCAGUUCUGUUGUUGGUUUUUGUUUUUUUGCUUGCUUGCUAAAAAUAUAUCAAUUUGAGCAUUUAUGACAGUGGCCAAUGUCUGGGCAAAAACCUAACGAAUGCCAAAGAAAUGCCCAUCUUGAAAAACAGCAAGUGUAACAGUCAACUUAGAUUGUCCAAAACUUCAUUUUUUACUCUUUUAAAUCAGCAAAAUGAUUGGUAAAUAUGUACUAUUAAAACAAGACCACAUUAAUCAGAGUGGGUAUUCUGACUGCAGACUGCUACAGUGCUAACAAAACAUUGCUUUUCACAAUUGUUUGAGAUUCUCAUUGGGGAAAGUGGUACGUACAUCCUUCAGAAAGAAUCAGAAGUUACUCUGGAGGCUUAGGUAGAACAGUAAAUAGUAGCCAUGGCUUUUAUUAACAUUGAAGGUUUGAAUGUAGCAGACGUACACAAACACAAUAGUAUAGAUUGCAUCUUUCCGACGUUGAUUUAUCAGCUUUACAUGCUCUUAUAUGUUUGAUUGCCAAAAGGGCUUCGUAUCAGUUGUACAAUCUUUCUAACCUUAACGUUUCUGGCUCAGGAAAGAUGGCCUUUGCUAUUGUAGCCACAUUUUUAACACAUGGCAUGCUAUUUGGGGAAAACUUUUUUUUUAUAGCAGGUUUCCUUGAAAAGGAAAGAGCAAGUAGUAAUGUUAAUUUGUUCUAAUACCACACCACUAUGCUUGCAGCCUGGAACACAACUGUAAAUGCUGGUAGUUAUGGAGAAGGAAACACAACUAUGCACUUGUAACAUACAAAUUUUAAGGUAAUGAGUUGACUUUUGAUGCCAAAUGAUAUUCAUUUAGGUGAUGUUCCAUGGUAUGAGGGAGUUUUCUGUAUCCUAUUUUUUUACUUUCAUCCAUUUCUUAAAUUGGUUUAUUUUAAAUUGUAAAUAUUUUUACAGAAGAUAUUGCCCAUGUAAGUGUGUUUAAAUAUGUACUUUGCCUUACAUAUGUGUAUCUUACAUUACUGGUAACAGAGUAUGAAACCUGCUAUGUCUGUUUACAAGCUAUUAAAUUCCUCCCGUGGCUCUGACUUAUUCUAACACUCACGUUUUGCUCAAAGCAACUCAUUCAUAUAAUUACCAUUUGAACCAUUGUUUUCUGUUCCGGAAGACAUCAUGCAAACAUUUGUAACAAAAGUUGUAUUGGGUGGGACUAGUUAAAUGGAAGGGAUUUUGUUUGAAGCUUUUUCAGUAUUUUGGAUGUACAGUUGAUGAAGUAACAGAAUGUGAAUGGUACCCUUUGUGCAAUGACUGACAAACACUAAAAGUUGGAUUGGACGGUAGGUAGCCUUCAGCCCCGUUAGUAUCUGAGGUUGGAACUGCAGGUGUAUUUUGACUCCCACCACUAAGAGGAUAACUAACCCUGAAAUUCUGGCACUUGAAUUUUAGGCUAGCAUUAGCAUAUUCCUGGAUGAAAAGCCAUGCAAUACUACUUGAGUUGGAAGAAGCCAAAUAGGAAGGAGUGAAGACUGAUUUGCAGCUCUAAUUACUCCAGCAGCUGUAGGCAAGUUUUGGAUUGAUGAGCGACUUCACUCUCCAGACCAAGAUCUGUGCUGAGACUUUGAAGUCGGGGUAUCAAAUAUACUGUAAUUCAGUAAGAUUUCAGCAGAAGUAAAGAAACUACCUUGCACCAGUAGACCACCCCUAGGCACUUAUCUAACCUCGUGUCACUUGGCGGCGCAGGUAAUGGACGUUAGUCAGUAUCAUGUAACUAGUAAGCAGAAGAGAUCAAAUGCUCCUAUUCCCAUAAAAGGCUGAAUUCUAACAUUUCAGCUUUUAUAAAGCAAUGCUGCAGUCUUCAUUGACAAAAAAAUGACAUUUUAAUUGGUGGAUUUUAUUAAACGCUUAAUAGACGUUUAAAUUUUGAGAUUCAGUUCAGAUGGCAAUAUUGGGGUUUUACCAUGGCUGCAUCAACUGUUGUAAUACGUUUCCUUAAGUUAUAGUAAUUCAUCACUUGGUAAGUUCAGCUUCAGUUCUGUAAGCAUUCUUUUCUCUGCCGUUCUACCUCCCCCUGGAAUACAGCUAACGACUUCCUGAAAAAACCAGACUAUCUGUUCACUAGAAAGCCUUGUGCAUUACCAGUUUAUUGAUAUCAGGAAAUCAUGGGGCUCUGUGUUAGAGAUUACUGCAGAAAGUGUGGAAAUAUGGAUUUGAUAAACUAGUGCCAUAUGAUUUACUUACUUAUGUUGGAUAUAGUAGUAAGGUUUUAUGAAUGUGGAUUACUUUGUGUGCCAACAGCUCGGAAUUGUUGUAUGUAUGUAGGCAGAAAGACUUGUUCUGCUUCCAAAGUUAUUUAAUUUUUUUUGUGUUUGAAUGUUUUUGUAAGUGUUUAAAAGUGUAAAAAUAUAUAUAAAUAUUCUUACCACAAAAUA